GAAAAGUAUUUGCAUAUGGGUAUGUUGUGUCUCUCCAUAUGAGGUUGGUGGGCUUAAAAAGAGCUGCAGUUCUGGUGAGUCACACAUCUGACUGCAGACUCAGAGCCAGUGCUAUAGACAGAAUGAAGGCCCUCCUCUCUCUCCUGCUUCUCUUCACCACCACUCUACUGAUGUCCACUACUUCUGCUCAAGGUGUGUGUGUGUUCUCUUAUCAUGUAUUUGAUUAGAUAGUGUUAGAUUUCACUUAAGAUGUUUGUUUUAGCAUUGGAAGCAAAUUGAUGAUAUUGGAAAUCCAUGGUGAUGGUGAGAAAAUAAUAUGAUGCUUUAUAAGUACAGUGUAAAUGAAUGAUGGUGAUGAUGAACAUGAUAAUGCAACUCUUCUCUCUCUCUUGUAGCCGGUGGACCAGUAAUCCCCUGCUGUAUGGAGAUUAAAGGCACUACGGUGCACCGCGACAAGAUCAAGUUCUACUACCUACAGGACACAGCCAUGUGUAACAUCAAGGCAGUAACGUAAGUGCUUAUAACCGUACAUAGGUGUUUAUACCAUGGCAUUGUUGAAUAUUCGUUUCUGAUUGACUUGAAGGGCAUUCUAGAGCAUGCAUGAUUUCCUUAUAAUGCACGGUAUAUCAGCACGAUAGAAUUCAAUGGCUAGUUCAUUCUUGCACAUUCUACUACUUUUGAAAGCAAACGUCGAAUUGAAAAUAUUAACGUCAUUGGCAUUGUUGAAUUAGAUUUUCAGAAUAGCAAGCAAGGACUGAUGAUUUGGUCAGCUAAACUAGCAAGUCUGUUUGUUUGGUUACCAAGGCAACUACAGUCACUAUUUAGUGAGCUUUCUAGCUACUUCAGUGGAUGUUGAACACAUUUCUACCUGCAAAUGAACACAUUUCUAGCGACAAAUGUGUUAAAUUAUAGCAAUGGUAUAAAAGGGAAAAUCAACUCGGGGCUCUAUGCCUCCACUAGCGCGUUGUUGAACACCCCUCCACGUUGUUCAUUUUCUGUUGAUUAUCCCUUACUUAUUUCAGCUGUUAUGAAUGCAGUAUAUAUACGCACUAUGAAUGCAUUCAUAAUGCAUUAUACCCAGAUGGACAAUUGGUUCAUAGAAAGCAUGACGUUUUUGAGUGUGUAUCUGUUGUGACCGGUCUAAUUGUUUUUUAAACCUGUUCUUUCCCCAGGUUUGUCACAGUGAAAGGCAUACGAAUCUGCUCUGACCCUUCCAACCCCUGGGCAAAGAAAACCAUGCAGUACCUGAACAAGAAGAACAAGCCUCACACACCUCAAAAACAUCACAUCACCUCAACUACUACUACUACUACAACCACCACUAUCCCACAACUUGCGAAAAACAACCCUCACAAAACAACAUUUUCAGCUCACAACCCCAAAAUUGCUUCUCAAUGGUCAACAACUCACCACAAGACAUAGAAGAACAUUGAAUUUUCCAGUUCAUAGUACAUCAGACUAUUGACUUUGAAUGUUUGAAUAUUUUCAAUAUGCAGCUAUUAUAACAAUUAUGUCACUUUAAUGAAUAUCUUUAUAUAUUUAUAAAUUAUUAAAUCGAAUUUACUUCCACAGUGAAUUUGAUGACUGCUGGCUAUUUGCCAGUAUGCCUAAACA